UGAGUGGGGGGGGUGUCUGUAGCUUUGUUGUCCUGCAGCGCCGGAGGAAGAGCAGGAUCAGCUGAACUACAGAAGAAAUGAAAAUAUUCCUGCGUUUCUUCUGAAAUUUAUCAUCACCAACAACCAGGAUAUUUAACUGAGAGCUGUGUUAAGCUGUUGGAAGAGGUGAAGCACAAGACAGCCAGAAAACUCUCCAGUGCAUGCAAAUAUUGUUUUCUAAAUUUCACAGACAAAUGAAGGCAAGUCCUGUCAUGGAGAAACAUCUGAGAAACAACUCUGUCAAGAGUUUUACUGCACAGAGUGAUCUCAAAAAACACCAGAACAUUCACACAGGACCGAAACCGUAUUACUGCUCAGACUGUGGAAAGAGUUUUACUCAACAGAGCACUCUCAAACAACACCAGCGCAUUCACACAGGAGAGAAACCGUAUCGCUGCUCGGACUGUGGGAGGAGUUUUACUCGACAGUACAUUCUUCAACAACACCAGCGCAUUCACACAGGACAGAAAUCGCAUCACUGCUCAGACUGUGGGAAGAGUUUUACUCAACGGAGUACUCUCCAUCAACAUCAGCGCAUUCACACUGGAGAGAAACCGUAUUACUGCUCAGACUGUGGGAAGAGUUUUAAUGCACAAAGUCAUCUCAAACGACACCAGCGCAUUCACACAGGAGAAAAAACGCAUCACUGCUCAGACUGUGGGAAGAGUUUUACUACUCAGAAGGAGAUCAAAAUUCACCAGCGCAUUCACACUGGAGAGAAACCUUAUUACUGCUCACACUGUGAGAAAUGUUUUUCUCACCAGAGUACUCUCAAAAUACACCAGCGCAUUCACACAGGAGCGAAACCAUAUUACUGCUCAGACUGUGGAAAGAGUUUUACUCAACACGGUACUCUCAAAAUACACCAGCGCAUUCACACAGGAGCGAAACCAUAUUACUGCUCAGAAUGUGGAAAGAGUUUUACUCAACACGGUACUCUCAAAAUACACCAGCGCAUUCACACAGGAGAGAAACCGUAUUACUGCUCAGACUGUGGGAAGAGUUUUACAACACAGUGUAAUUUUAAAAAACACCAGCGCAUUCACACAGGAUAGCAUAGGCUGUGGGAACAGUUUUACUGUUGCAGAUUGUGAUUGGAGAUGACCACACCUUCACACUUAUAUUCUUAAUUGUUUUAAACAUUUAUAUAUACCUAUAUUGUUUUACUGUUUACUUAAUAAUUGAGUUGAUUCCAAAGAACACCAUAGCAACUGUGAAGCAUGGGGGUGGCAACAUCAUGCUUUGGGGCUGUUUUUCUGCAAAGGGAAUAGGACAACUGUUCUGUGUACAUGAAAGAAUGAAUGGGGCCGUGUAUUGUGGGAUUUCAAGUGCAAACCUCCUUCCAUAAGCAAGGGCAUUGAAGAUGAAAUGUGGCUGGGUAUUUCAGCAUGACAAUGAUCCCAAGCACACUGCCAGGACUGCAACAAAGAAGUGGCUUUGUAAGAAGCAUUUCAAGGUCCUGGAGUGGCCUAGCCAGUCUCCAGAUCUCAACCCCAUAAAAAACCUUUGGAGGAUGUUGAAAGUCUGUGUUGCCCGUUGACGGCCCCAAAACAUCCCUGAAUUAGAAGAGAUCUGCAAGGAGGAAUGGGCCAAUAUACCAGGAACGGUGUGUGCCAACCUUGUAAAGACUUAUAGAAAAUGUCUUGACCUCUGUCAUUGCUAACAAAGGAUAUAUAAUUAAAGAGUAUUGAGAUGAACUUUUGUUAUUGACCAAAUACUUAUUUUCCACCAUUAUUCUCAAAUAAAUUCUUUAAAAAUCGGACAA